AUGAACGAACUUUUCAUUACAAGCGACGAUGAAAGUGACAAUGGGCCAUCUUUGAAGAAAGCAAAGAGUAUACGGGUCAGUGACAUAUCUGAUCUGGAUUCAGAAUCUGACUUUGAAGAUAUAUCAUUGCAAUCAGUCAUUCAACAAUUGCCUAUUCAAGAUGAAGCAAGUGAAUUCAAUAUCGCAAUCAAUUCAGUGGAUGACGAACAGAGGGAGAAAUUGAAGCGGCUGAUUAAGGAAAAGCAGCGACGAAUUAGUCUUAAAUACCUAGGUACCAUUGUUUACACAUUACAUGCAUGGCAAAGAAACAAAUUGCUAUCAAAUACAAAAGUAUUGAAGGCAUUGAAGAAACUUUUACCAGAUCUGUUUAUGAUGCAGUACAAAAAGUUCAAGAAAAAUGCUACAGACGAACAUUUAGUUUAUAUCAUCAAAUACUUGAUAAAGUGGUUCAGGAAGAAUUUCAAGCAUGAUUCAAAUGGGCUAAGGGUUCUUGGGUAUUUGCCAAAGAAGAUGAAACUGGAAAACGACUACUUUCCAAAAAAUUCAAAACCUAUCUCCACUGUGAAGGAUAUUUUGCUGGUGAUUAGAAGAUUUCAACAUAAUCGAGAUGUGGGAGCACAAAUUUUCACGGCGUUGUUACGCAGUUUGGGGUUUGAAGCAAGGCUUGUCUUUUCAUUACCUGUUUUGAGUACCAAGAAGCUGACAAGGAUGCAGCCGAAAUUGAAUCAGAGAAUACUUGGUAUAAAUAAAGACAAUGAUCUACUCUAUCCAUACUUUUGGACCGAGUUGGUUAAUCCUAUGAACCCGUCGGAAAUAUUUGUUAUCGAGACGCAAUGCUUUCAGGAAGAAGAAAAACAGUUGACAAGAUUGAAAAGACAUCUGUAUAAUGUUAAAAAAUCCUACAUAAGCACGUUCUAUCCAAUUCAGAAUCAAUUAUGUCAAAUGUCCAUGCAUUAUGUACUAAGCUUUUCAAAUUCAAACCUUAUUCUUGACGUUAGUUCCAGGUACAUGAGUGAUAUCUCAUAUAGAUGGUUUGAUAAGCUUGAUUUGAGAACUGAGGCUGGUCGUGCUGCUUUACUACUUCAUUCAGUUAUUCGAAUAUUAAACUCGGGCAAAGGGUAUACAGCUGAAGACAACCUGGAAUUAGACAGUUUACGGACAAUUGCCUUGCGCAACUUUACUAUCCCAGAAACACUUUCUGCAAUGAGAAAAAGCCCAAACUUCACAACAAGAACCACCUUGAGAUACAACGAGAUUACUGAUCCCAGUGCUGUACCAACUGCCAAAGCUUUCAAUGGUGAACAAUGUCUUGUGUAUUUGAAAAACUGUCUCAUUGUGGGGAAAUCAGAGCAACAGUGGAAACUUUGCGGGAGAUCAGUGAAGCCAGAGGAGAUUGAAAACCCCGUGAAGAAAGUCAAGGCUAAUCCAAGAACUAUACACAGGAAAAGGAUCUUCAAUUUUAAUAACAUGAGUGAACCAGAAUUGAACAGCCUACCGUUGUUCUCGUUUUCCCAAACGUGUCCAUAUAUAAAACCAAAAGUUGUGAAUGGUGUGUUGCCAAGAAAUAAGUAUGGCAAUAUUGAGAUUUUUAGACCCAACAUGAUUCCCGAUGGGUGUGUUUGGCUUAAGAUGUCAGAUGUUGAGGUGGCUCUUCUGAAAAACAAGAUACAGCAGGUUCCUGUUGUUGUUGGAUUUGCAUUUAAGAGCGGCUCUGCGUAUCCUGUGAAGAAUGGAGUGAUUGUAUUGCAAGGGGAUGAAGUUAGGGCAAAAAAGAUUUGGCUUUCGUGCAAAAUUGAAGAACAGAAAAGGACUCAGAAUGACAAGAUGCUACGCUCCUUAAAUAUGUGGAGAGUGUUUCUAAACAAACUAAGGGUUAAACAAAACUUGAAUCAAAGGUAUGGUCACUUAUAG